CAUAUGAAGCGCGCAGCGGCUGUGGCGCAUGCGCAGUGUUUCGGUAAGAAUGGCGGCCAGGCUUCUUUUGAGAUCAGCGACCCGUACUGCUGCUGCUGUUUACAGCCGCCGGCCUCUGCCAGCUCAAGCUGUCGUUAGGGGGCUAGCAUCUGGAGGCAUUCCCACGGAUGACGAACAGGCCACCGGUCUGGAGAAGAUUGUGUUGGAGGCGUCCAAGAAAGGAACUGAUCCAUAUAACAUCUUGAAACCGAAGGAGUAUGCAGGCUCCAAGCAAGAUCCUCAUAUCGUCCCCUCCAUAACUACCAAGAGGAUUGUUGGCUGUGUUUGUGAAGAGGACAACACUGCAGUGGUUUGGUUUUGGUUGCAUCAGGGUGAGGCUCAGCGCUGCCCAUCAUGUGGCGCUUACUACAAACUUGUUCCACACGAGUUACCCCACUGAAAUAUAUACUUCACCGCACAGGCGGCCUAAACACUCCCAUACUGACUCAAACACCAUAGAUACUUUGACUUAUGCACAAUCUCCCUCACUAAUCCCUCUUCUGAUGAAUAGAAUUGCACUUUAUGGGAGCCUAGUUAGUUCUUUCUCAUUGGUUGCUUCAUAGGAGCAGAUAAAGCAAUUUAACA